AUUGCCACGCGAUUUAGCGUGGCCGAUAACCUAUGUUUUAAUUCACUUUCGGGAUUACCAUACCUAAGAGAAUUAGGGCUCCCAGCAAAUCCGAUGCCACACGUCAAAAAUGAAACAUUCAGAGGUUGCUUAGUUUCCAUUUUGAAAACGCCACUUUCUUCUAUUUACUAAUGUAAAAAUAUCAAUGGUUUAGUAUUUUAAAUUUUUCCGUUAUGCACGAGAUUUUCCAGAGAUGCUCUCAAAAAACCGCUUUGGAAAAACGUUUUGAAGUUCCUUCCUCCUAUAAAACAUGUUCCAUAAGUUGCUCUUUCGAUAUCUGAGAACUCCACUUCUCUUGCUCUUUCUGUUUUCGACUUAUUACAAAAACUCGAAUAGCCAUGGGUUAUUCUUUUCUCGGAUGGAUAAUGGAUCGAGCUACAGUUAUACAUUGUUUUCUCUUCAAGGUGCUCGCCCAUCGUUGAAACUUUUUGUAACAAAACGUGCAUUUCCUAUAUGGGCAACAAUUUGUUGCCUUCUCGUAUUAUUAUCAUUAUCCGGCUUAUUUUCGGGACUUAAUCUUGGUUUGAUGUCUCUUACACCGCAUGAUUUAACCGUUAUACAAGAGGCCGGUUUAGCAAACGAUAAAAAAUAUGCCAAGCGUAUAUUACCUGUUAGAAAACGUGGUAAUUUUUUAUUAUGCACAAUAUUACUGGGCAAUGUAUUAGUGAAUUCAACAACAACAAUACUCUUAGAUUUUCUAAUUAGUGGACCAUUAGCUAUUGCAGGAGCCACGUUAGCUAUUGUAAUAUUUGGUGAAAUUAUCCCCCAAGCUAUAUGUUCUCGACAUGGUCUAAAAGUGGGAAGUCAAACAAUAUGGUUAACAAAACUUUUUAUGCUACUCACAUUUCCAAUUGCAUUUCCAUUAAGUAAAUUAUUAGAUGUCGUUUUAGGCGAAGAAGUUGGUGCGCGUUAUACUCGUGAUCAAAUGAGUGCACUGUUAAAACAUACAAAGACAACAGAUAUCGAAGAUCGUGAAAAAACAAUAAUGACGGGUGUAUUAAGUUUAAAAAAUCGAAAAAUUAAAGAUGUAAUGACAAAUUUAAUCGAUGUAUUUAUGUUAGAAGCAAAUCGAAUUGUCGAUGAUGACUUAAUAUUGAAUGUGCACGGAUAUGGUUACUCGAGAAUUCCCGUUUUUGAAGGAAGAAGAGAGAACAUUAUUGGUCUUGUUAACAUCCGAGAUUUUGCUCUGCUAGAUACAGAAAGUGGCAAAUUUACAGUAAGAAAAUUAAUGGAUUUUUAUAAACAUCGUUACGGAACAGCAACUCCCGACGAGUCAAGUUAUGAUAUAUUUAAUCAAUUUAAAAAAGAACAAUAUCAUCUGGCUGUUAUUAUCGAAUAUGAUAAUAGCGGUGAAAAAGAUCCAAAAACACGUGCUGUUGGAAUCGUCACAUUAGAAGAUAUUAUCGAAGAAAUGAUACAAGAAGAAAUUAUUGAUGAAACAGAUGUUUUUACUGAUAAUCGACGUAAAGUUCGAAAUAUGUUAUCACAAGCGCCAGAUUUUUCUGCAUUUGUUCGUACGAAUACAAAUUUAAUUCAAAGUAAAAUAUCUGCUUCAAUGAAAGUGGCUGUAUUUCAGUUUUUAUCCACAAGUGUGGAUCCGUUUAGUUCACAAUUUAUCUCACCAGGUAUUUUGAGUCGAUUAUUGAACGUCGAUUUAUAUAAAGAAUUUGAAUUUGAUGAUGAAGAUGAAGCUAAAGAUGGAAAACCACAGUUUAUAUAUGAAUAUGGAAAACCAGUGGAUUUUUUUGUGUUGAUUGUUAAUGGAAGUGCUCAACUAGAAACCGGAAAAGAAAAAAUUGUUUCACAAGUCGGCGCAUUUUCGUAUUUUGGUGUUAGCGCACUCUAUAAUCCCGAAGAAAAAGUUGAUGAUUUAAUUCGUUUAAAAUCAAAAAGUUCUCGCCCAUAUAUACCCGAUUUUAGUGUUCGUGUUUGUGAAGAUGUACAAAUUUUACGUAUUCGUCGUGUACAUUGGUUAGCUGCUGUUCGUGCAACAUAUUUUGAAACAAAACAAGUUGCCAAUGGUGGAACAAUGUUGAAUAGUGAUGGAGAAACAGUUGAUUUGCUACAACAAGAAUUAGAAAAAGCAGAUAAUCCUGAUCAACGUGAUGCUGAGAGAGAUCGCACAAUGUCAUUACAACAUGAAAAUUUAAAUUUAAGUGAAAGUGAACGUGCACAUUUGUUGCAAAAUGCUCCCCUAGCAUCGACACUGUCCACUCUUGUAUCACAGAGUGUUAAAAAUAUCGAUUCACCUGUAACGUCGACGACGCCGACACUGGCUGCAAGAAGAUUACAAGAAUUAAGAAGACAACAAACUACGCCACCACCAUCCAUUAGUGGUGGUUCUUCUAAAAAGAGAAGUGACACAUAG